UGAGCUUCCUUCCACUAACACAGCUCCUUGGCUUACCGACAAAGAUACCAAGGCCAGGUGGACAACUCGUAUUCACAAGUUGAGAACUUCAAGUGCGACCGGAAGCCAACCUCCUCAGGCCUCCAGAACACUUAAGUUUGAAUUGGACGAGAACACGACCUUGAAGAAUUCUUUUAUGCCAGUCAAAAAGGAGAAGAACGUGACGGGAAGCGAAUCGUCUUACAAAUUGGUUGGUGAUCAUGGAGCCAACGUUGUAGCUCCUGAUUUUGCUGCCAAAACUCCGACGUCAUCAUCACUUAAGAAUAUGACCAUUCUGUGGACCUCUGAAGGUGACUUGUAUCGAUUCGCGGAGGUAUUUUGA